AUGCAGAUUAGAACAGGAACCCAAAGCUUUGACUGGGAAUGGGGACUAGAAGUGGGGCCUCCCUUUCAGGGCGGAAGGGGACGAGCUGAGAAGCAGGCAGAGAGCUCGGUGCUGGGUGCUCCCGCUGGAGCUGGGAGCAUUGUUGUCCGCAGCGGGGAGACCUCCCGGCAGGAGUGGGAUGGAGCAGACCUGGGAUUUGAGGACAUGGAGAUGGGCGGAGGGGACAAAGAUGAUGAGAUAGGUUUAUUAGCACAGGAGCCGCUGGAGUGUCAGAGAUCACCAGGGUACUGCACUCAGGUCAGGAGCACCGUGGGGGCCCUGUGCAGUUUCAGCUUUCCCUUCAGCCCAAAGCUAGGGCACGAGGCCCCUCCAGCCAGUCCAGGCUGCCCUGCUGCAUUUGGCGAUGACACGAGCCCGGUUGCCCGGCACAGCGCGGGCGGGGCCACCUCGGCACACCUGGACCGGGGCCUGGCUGCCCAGCAGGGGGAGGGGCUGAGCCCUGAGCACACGGCCCUCCUGUGCCGAGUGGGGUUCCGGCUGAGGCUGAGGUCUGCUGUGAGGUCUGCGGGGGCCAACGGAAGCGCCGCCCACUUCAGACUGGUCCCGAGGCUGGGAAGGGGGUGGAAGUCGGUGGCUGGCCCUGUGCCCUGCCCGCACCCGCCUGGACAGCGCAGCUGGGAGCCCCGCGCGGGGCAUCCAGAGAGGCCGGCCCCGCCCCACCUCAAACCCAUUGGCUUCUUGUGGCCUCCCCGCGCUUUCAUUGGCUCCCACUGGCCCUUGGCCCAGCCCCCUGAAAGCCGCUCCUUCGUUACCAGGGAGAUGGGAAAGCCGAGAGAGCGCCGGUCCUUAGAGAUGCUGGGGCGCAAGGAGAUUGGGCUGCGGAGAGUGAGCGUGGACGCUGACCCAGCGCCGAGCCAGGCAGGUGGGCGCAGGAAGAGUCAGGGACCCAGGGAGAAGGACAGUUGCCGUUUGCAGGUGUUUGCCCUGUGCACCAGGCUUCCUGCUCUUUCAUCCGCCGCUUACAACAGUCCUGAAGAGUAG